AAUACAAUGAAGUGUUAUUGAAUGUAGUGGCGGGUUGUAUUGAACGAUAAUACCCUGUGGUUUUUAACAUCAAGCAAUUUGGUAGGUUCAUGAUAUACUUUUCUAUGUCUAUAUACGUUAUGAUAUAUGGGAUGAUUUUUCUAUAGCAUUUAUUUAUUGAAAAUAUAGGACUAAAAAAAUAAAGCAAUACUAGAAAUAGGAGGUGCUAGGGUUCUCAGAUGUACUUUCAUGUGCAAAAUACUGUAAAAUAAACAGUGAUGUUAUAGUUAUGUGAGAAUAACAAAAUAAUUUAUUCAACUUACAAAAUAUUUCUAGUCUGUAAAGAUUUGUUUUACUUGGACGCGCGAAUAUUUAAAUCCUUUACUCCACCUUCAGAUUCUACCUUGAUAAUUUUCAAGUAUGUUGCCCAAAUAUUCAUGCAAUAUUGUCGUAUGCAACAUCAACACUAUGAGUAUUUAGUAUUAAACUAGAACAUACGAAUACGUGUUUACAAGUAACUUAUUACAGACAUGGAGACCGUCAAAAACUUAGACACGAACACGGACACAUGCAGGAGACCGAACAACCACAAAAGCAAGGCCAAUUAAUAUAGCAUAACGUUGUAUUUUCGCGAUUCUUGUAAAGGGUUUUGUGUGUAUUAAUAUAUCGAGCCACCUUAAGAUAUUCGCGAAAUUCGAUGUUGUGACAAGCGAAUCUACUAUCGUGCAAAUAUGGUCUGCAGCAAUGGCGUAACCUCGGGUGUAACUAUAUAUAGAGUAUAGGCAUGUGAGUUACUGGGUAUAGCAACGGCAUUAACAAGUGUUAACCAAAUGUGUCUGUUAGAUAUAUGCAGGUUUCACUCGGCAUUUAUAUCGUACAGCAGAUGGUCAACCUGCAGUUAUCAAAGAAAAAAAAGAAUGGUCAAAGUUUGGUUUCAUAUGAAGGUACUGUAAUGGUUGUAAAAAUAGAGUCACGAUAUUUCUCAACGGCCAGUUUAUAAUAGUUUAUACCUGUAAACCACAUAUAAAUCAUGAGUAUUCUUUAGUUAUAAUCACUCCACGUAUUUUCAGUUCUAAAAAUAUUGUAUUUCGGCUGAUGAGAAAGAUCGUGACUCAAUCUUUACGACCGUUACGACCAUAUAGAAACCAGGCUUAAUUCUCGUUGUCAGAGACAUGGAGUGGCAAGGAAAUACAUUCAAGGUCCCGUUUUACACUUGUAAUUUUUGUAGCGAUUUCUAGAGCGAUUUUCUUCUUCUGAUGAAUGUCCUGAGUAUAUAUUUAGGGUGAGGUAUUAAUUGGGACGAGAGUCCUGCACGUCCUCAUCCCUGCAGUCACGUACGUUUUCCUGUAAAAUGUUAUGUAUAUCAGUGUCAGUUUUUGGGACGAAUUUAAUAAUAAUAAUAUGUACCCUCAUCUGAGCAUUCAUAACUCGUUCACAUCCAUGAGAAGAAGAACACCGCUCCUAAAAUCGAAGCAAAACUAUUACAAGUGUAAACGGGUCUUACUUAAGACAUGUUGUUCAAUUUUCUUUCUCUUCAAGUGUCAACAGUGCUAUACUUGACUACAACUGCUAUUCUGCAAUGCUUACGCCGAAAGUAAGACCCAGCAGCCAGCAAUGGACUCUAAAUCCUUACCAGUGACAGUGUUAUCAUUAAAACGAUAGCUUAUUGGAUUUAAGUGCAAACAAAAGCUUGUAUUGACAAUGCUCACAUGCUCUUAAAGUCAAGACCUAAUCCAUCGCUUAUAUGAGCAAUAGUAUGUAUAAUAUUUACCCAUGCAUUCAUUAUUACGCCGAAUUUACAUACUAAAAGCAGCUUAGAACAGACCGAGUGGGCGGCAUGCAGAUUGCCAGAUUACUUUAUCACUAUGAGAACAACCCUGCUUGAUCAAAGAAAUUAAAACUUAUAAAGUUAUUACUUUGAAAGACUAUUGGUAAAAAAGGAUUGAAAGAACUGUGAAGAUAAAACACCACGAGUCGUUCUGCACACGCUUCUUCAGAAGCGUCGAAGAUUUGUUCUCAUACAAUUUUAAUUCAAUAAACCGGCAAUAUUUUCCAAGUAUAGCGGUAGACCACAACGAAAUCGUGUAUAUAUAUUUGAAAUGUACUCAAGGUGCGUUACUGCUUUGUGUUUGGACAAAGAUAGCAACGGAUUUGGAUUGCGACUUGUCACUCCAGCGAGGAUUUGAACUCCGCAACGCGGUAAUGUAAACGCCAAAGCCAAAAGGUAAUGCUAUGAUUUGUUUUGAAAUUUUGUUGCCAGUCAUCCGGAAUGAUUUCAUAAUCGCUCUGCUAUACACAUGAUUUAAGAUUUUGGUAUCAUUAUAUAGCCUGGCUGUAUAUUAGGGUUUCGCCAUGGGGUAUUUACAUUUUGAGACAAGACAAAGUCAGUUUUACGAUAUCGUUAAUGUGUAGCCCGGCAAUUCAUUAAUUAACGCAAUGUUUGGGUACUUACGAAUCGAAUACUUCACAGCAUCCUUUGUUUGUUAUGCCAGCCUGGUGUUCGGCAGAAUAGGAAACAUCACAAUUUACUUUGCCAACAACUAAGCGAUGAAUUUUGCUACAUAUCUUGGUCGUUUGGGGUUUUAAACAAUGUUAAGUCAUAUAACUUAUAAGAUUUGAAGAAUGUUAAGUCUGAUAAAAAGAUCUGCUAGCUUUUAUUAGCUUGAUUAUCCCGAUUAAUCUAUUGAUUACCGGUCAAAAUUUUCGCAUUUUACUCGAUUAACAUCUUUCCCCCUUUGGAUAACAUAUAAGUUACGAGUUUAGGGACAGUGCAUUCCGAGUAGUUUUGUGUGAAGAUUACGUCUGAAUUUGAGAUGAAUUUGUUCUAUCGUAUAAUUAUUUUAUCAGUGUCAAAAUGAUCUACUAUAUUGCGACAAUGUCAAUAUGAUCGUUGUAUAUAUUUUUCGUUUUAAAAUUUCCAGAAUGAAAAAAUCUACCGUGUACUCUUCUUAAUUCAAGAUAAUCUCUGUUGAUCAGUAUCUGCAAAGCGUUGGCUUCGAAGAGGUUAACACAAUGACUAUUCAUGAUCAGCUAAAAAAUAGAUCCGAUUGUUUCACUGAACGUGAUGAUAUAAGUUCCUUUUUUCUUCGAAUUGCAUGAAAUGUAGCAUAUUAGAUUGAGUGUACGACAUACUCAUACUAUUAAUACAUUUUCCUGAAUUUUUCAUAAAACCGCGAAAAUGAAUAUUAGUGAUAUAUGGGAUAAGGCAGUUAUGCCUUUAGUUUUAUCGAUAUGAAAGUGAGUUAGCCUUAAGGCACAUAGCCCCUGUUCAGGCAUGUACAUCAUUACGCCAUUAAUCAUUAUCCUUACACGUCCUUGUAAACCUGCUAACGAGUUUUCUGGCAAUAUAAUGUAUUUAUGUCGACUAUAGUUGAUAUUUUAACGAGCUUGUUUUCAUAUUAUUACCCUAUUCUCACAUCCUGCUUCAAAAAGCCAAUAACAUUAGACUCAAAGUGCACUGAAAUACGGUUCUAAAAAAUAUAGUUAUUAUUCCUCUACCGGGUUUCAAAAAUAAAUAUAGUUAUAUUCCUCUACCGGCAAUAAACAUUGAUCAAUCGAUCAUAUUAUCUCUAAUACGUUCUGACACACUAUUGCUAUUAUUAGUGUUCUACUUGGCGGUUUAGCAAUUUGUCUGCGUGGUUUUACGUCAAAAGCUUGUUGUAUAUACAAAUUGACCACAAUGAAAUAGGAGAGUAUACUUUGUGGCAACGCGCUCAUAAAUAAUAUAGCAUUAUCUUAUAAUACAAGCUUGUUGCGAAUAAAACUUGUUUGUCAAGUUGUGAGAUUUUUACGUGUGCAGUUCUUCAUUUGUAUGAUGUAUUUCACCAUAAGAUCACCCUUGAAUCUACGACGUAUAUCAUCACAUAUAGGUGCAAUUUUAAGUGUGAUUUUGUACAAACAUAUUGAUAACCUGACCCUCACCCCAACCCCUCACAACUAGAGGCACCUAACCCAUCUAAUCCCUCACCCUGUUAGUGGGGAGGGGGGGGGGGACGAAAAAAUAGAAAAAUGAUGAUAUAGAUCAUAGAUUUAGUGAGCAUAUGAUGAUAUAGAUGAUAAAACUGAUCAUGUUGGUAGUUCUCACCCAAACUACCGGUCCAAAGCCAGAUUGAACGUUUAUUCGGGUGGGCCUAGACUAAAUGGGGGGCUUCGGUGGUACAGUUGUGGGUUCGAUUCUCGCUACGGACUCAUGUGAAUUGUGAAAAGAGUCAGUCAACGCUCUGCCGAAAGUCGUGGGUUUUCUCUCAAAGGGAAAGUUGACAGGGUGGGUAGUGUAGGGCCUGUAGGCUAAGGCCCCAGUUACACGAUACCGGAUUCGCAUCGACAUCAAAUUUUACUGCUUCGAGGUGAAUUUGCGCUGUUAAUCUUAAUCUUUUUAAUCUUAAAUUUUACUAAAGUCUCGACAUAACAAUCUUGUUCUUUCUAGUUUCCUAGAUGCGCGUUUCAAGGUGUGACCAAUGAGGCUAUAUAUGGGGAUAUGUUCAAUACAUCACUGCAAUUUAUUAUAUUGAUAUGCUUAUGUUAUCCUGUACUACGCAUGCCCAGUAAACAAGAUAUGACGUCACAAAUAAUGGAAAGGAAGGGGAAAUUCGACAAUAAAACAUUGGAUGAAGAUAAAAGCAAUUUGAAAGGACGUAAACGUUUGAAACAAGACUGUAAAGUCAAUGAAAGUUUAGUUCAGACACGAUGUGUGGCUACUCAAGAGUCCAUUCCCACAAACCUUUAUUUCAUAUUUCUGUAUCAUUUAACUUCAAGGAAAUCUGCAGAAAGUAUUCUGGCGACGACAGCAUUAUUUUUCUGGAAAGUUUCUGCAUUGCCAGUAAAUUGUACAGCCUCGAGUACUGACCGUACGAGAGAAACUGGAAUGCGAAAAUCAAGAAGUGUUUCAACAAGUACUGAAUUUAGUAGAGGUAAUUAUCUCUUAGCCAUAUUUCCCAAAGGUGGACAAACCAGGAAACAUUGUUUCCUAGCCAUGUUUCCUGAAGGUGGAAAAAAACAGGAGACAUUCUUUUGUUUCCUAGCCAUUGUUUUCUAAUUGUGGGAAAACCAAUAAACAUUGUUUCCUAUUGUUAGGCUGCCACACUAGAAAACAUUGUUUUCUAGCAGUCUAGCCGCGUUUCUCGAAGGUGUGCAAAUCAGGAAACCGUGUUUCUGUAUGAAUUAACGAGACUUUUGUCCAAUUUAGGAGACUGUGACAAAGAUUGGUUUGAAUUUGAGGAGAAAUGUUAUCAAGCAUUUGAGGAAAUGAUGAACUAUAAUGCUGCUGAUGCAUAUUGCGAAUCAUUGGGAUCAGAGCUGGCCAACAUACAAACUAUGAACGAAAAUGUCUUCGUCAGGAAUUUAUCUAAUAAGCAAGGGGUGUCAGGCUAUCUGUGGACCGCUGUACAAAAGGUGUGCAUGAAUUGUACACAAACUGUUGGUGGGUACACGAACUGGUUACCAGAGGAACCAAGUGGCGUCAGCAAAUGUGUGACGAUGCAUCCAGAUGGUAAAUGGCGUGAUUUCGACUGUGGUUAUAUGUUCGCAUUUGUUUGUGAAAAAGGUCGGUGUUUAUUGUGGCUAACUAGCUAGUAUUAUUAUAUUGUAAUUAAUCAAUAUUAACAUAUACUACAGGAUGGUUAGUGCAAUCCAAAUAUCAGGAUUUUUGCCCUAUAUAUAAUACAUUCUACAUAUAAUAAAUUAUACAUAAUACAUUCUACAUAUAAUAAAUUAUAUAUAAUACAUUCUACAUAUUAUAAAAGCUUAAAGCUAUUCCCCUUGGAAAUAUAACUCUUAAAUCUUCCUUUCCUUAUUUUUGCAGCCCUGACUCAGACGUACACAGAAAGACAACUGCUUAUCGCUCUGCUCGUCCCAAUCAUCUCAUGUCUCACGGUCGCUGUCUCGAUCACCACGGCACUAUUGGUCAGCAGUGUUCGCCGUGGCGGUCAACCAUUCAAAGUGUCAAGUCGUUACCAACGCACAAAGAAAGAGCGAAAGCCGGUGAACUGGGACAUGGUCGACAUGUUACGGAAGGCUUCGUUAAGUCGGAGAGGUUCGCGGUUCAAACCUCAGCGACAGUCACCACCCAGUAUUGAGAUCACUAAAGCCGAAGCCACCAACGGUAAGCUUCUAUAUGUUUAGUUAUAGUUGGAAACGAACAUAUCAUAAUAAGUAUGUCAUUACAAUAAGCAUUACAACAAUGUCAUCCAGUCACGAUCCAGUGAUUACAAUGUUUCAUUGUCUUUUCAUUGUUUUGAAAAUCCCACUGUAGUGUUCUCCAUGCCAUCCAGUCAAGAUCCAGUGAUUACAAUGUUUCAUUGUCUUUUCAUUGUUUUGAAAAUCUCACUGUUUUCCAUGUCAUCCAGUCAUGAUCCAGUGAUUACAAUGUUCCAUUGUCUUUUCAUUGUUUUGAAAAUCCCACUGUUCUCCAUGCCAUCCAGUCACAAUCCAGUGAUCGGAAUGGUCCAUUGUCUUUUCAAUGUUUUGAAAAUCCCACUGUUCGUUCUUCACCCAAAGAGGCACUGGAUGGCAUGGAGAACAGUGGUGUUUUCAAAACAAUGAAAAGACAAUGAAACAUUCCGAUGUGCCAUCAUGACUGGAUGGCACAUAUUGUAAUGCUAAAUGUUAGGAGUUAUGCAGAGGACAGACACUUUUGCUGCUUCUUUCACACUCGCAUUCUAUGCUAACGUGCGCUUAAUAUGCAAAACACUACAGGUACCAUACUCCCCAAUGGCAUUGAAAAGAAGAAGCGUUGGUACAAACGAAGCAAUGCAAGUAAAACCCUUCACAUUCCCGAAGAACGAAGACGGUCGAGUAACUCUAGCGGCCACUCUAGUCUGUAUGAACUUCUUGCAAGGCUUAACAACAUGGAGUUCGAACCUCCUACUGAAACACGUCUCAAUGAGCCAGAAGACGAGAAUAGUAUAGAAAUGAAGGAUCUAGGUGAGCAUAGAAAUGGAGUUAAACCUGCCCUCAAUGAAGACGACGACAGAUUGAGUGGUAGCCACAAGCAACUUGUUGAAAAGAGACAAAAACUUGACGAUCCAGUUCACAAUGGAGCCUCGUUUCGAAACAUGGCCUUCCGUGAUUCCGUGGUUAGUGUUGAAACCAACGGCAGCGGGAUAGCUAAGGUUACUUCGGUACAACAGAUGAACCAAAAAGAUUCAGCAGGAACAAUUGAGGAUAUCACGAGUGAUGUAGAACAUCAUGAUUUAUGUUCACCUGAUAGCUGUUCACGUGAUAGCCCUCGUGAUAGAUCACGUGAUAGUUCGCAUGUUUGCUCACGUGUCAGUUGUCCACGUGAUAGCCCACGUGAUGAUGACCGGGAAGAGACUGAGGCGAGUAAGAAUACGCAGACAGUGCGAGCAGAUGUACAUAACAUUUCCAAUAAUGGAAGUGUUUCCACUCAAAAUGUUGGGAAACAUUCAGACCAAAAACCACAACCUUCAAAAGGCAAAGUAAUAUGGACAUAUAGUUUAUAGAAUUAAUUUAUAAUAUAUUGUGUAUAAUUGCAUAGAAAAAAUAAAACAAUAAACGCAGUAAUGACCUGCCAUGUUGCAUGCUGGCCGCCAUGUUGUUUUAGCAUAAAUCAUAAUGCGCGAGAGCAAAUUUUCAACUUUCCAAAAGGAGAACGAUCCACAACGGCCAAAUAAAAUGUCUAGACCGUACAACACGAAUAUAAUAAGAUAAAAGCUAUAGACUAACACAUACCAUUCAUACCAAAGUAUUUACUGACAAUCUUACGCUUGCAUAAAUGCAAUCCGCUUUGUACCAACUUUAAUUCUCGUCCUUUGAUUGAGUAUGGAUUUGCUACCACCUUGAUUGAGUACGGCUUUACUACCACCUUUUCCAAAUUUGUAACGUUCUGUUGAAGGGCUGGCUUGUUUGUCGAUUGUCUCUGUUGAAAUUCUAGGUCCUUUGUAUUCCAAACUUUUACGUUCAUUGAAAGCUUUUUUCACCUUUUUCGAAGACUAAAAUAUAAAAUAAAACAAUUUAUAGCCGUAUAAAAGUUGAUAACAUAUUAUACUCAACAUCAUAUACCAUACUAUGUCAUAUAAUACCAUGUCAUAUCAUACAAUACAAAAUAAUAC